AUGACUUCCUACAGCGUCCGCCAGUCCUCGUCCACCUCCACCUUUGGAGCUCCCAGCAUGUACUUUGGGGCACCCAGCAUCCAUGGGGGCUCUGGUGGCCGCGGAGUGUCUGUUUCCUCCGCCCGCUUCGUGUCCUCGUCCUCUUUCGGGGGCUACAGCGGCGGCAGCCGCGCCCUGGUCAGCUCCGACGGGCUGCUGGCGGGCAAUGAGAAAGUCACCAUGCAGAACCUCAACGACCGCCUGGCCUCCUACCUGGAAAAGGUGCGCGCCCUGGAGACGGCCAAUGGUUCCCUGGAGGUCAAGAUCCGCGAGUGGUACCAGAAGAUGGGCCCGGGUCCUGCCCGCGACUACAGCCACUACUUAAAGACCAUCAAGGAGCUGCGCGACCAGAUUCAUGAUUCAACCGUAGAUAACUGCAAAAUAACCCUGCAGAUUGACAAUGCCCGUCUGGCUGCCGAUGACUUCCGCACCAAGUUCGAGAUGGAGCAUGCCACGCGCAUGAAUGUGGAGACCGACAUCAAUGGUCUGCGCCGGCUGCUGGACGAGCUGACCCUGGCCAGGACUGACCUGGAGAUGCAGAUCGAGGGCCUGAAGGAGGAGCUGGCCUAUCUGCACAAGAACCAUGAUGAGGAACUCAAUGACCUGCGGGGCAAGAUGGGUGGCCAGGUCAGUGUGGAGGUGGAUUCCGCUCCAGGCGUCGACCUCGGCAAGAUCCUGAGCGAAAUGAGAAGCCAGUAUGAGAUCAUGGCCGAGAAGAACCGGAAGGAUGCUGAGGCCAGGUUCAUCAGUCAGACUGAAGCGCUGAACGUGGAGGUAGCAGGCCACACGCAGCAGCUGCAGGCCAGCAAGACAGAGGUCACGGAUCUGAGGCGCACACUCCAGAGCCUGGAGAUAGAACUGCAGACUCAACUGAGCAUGAAAGGUGCCCUGGAGAACACGGUGGCUGAAACUGAGGCCCGGUAUGGGGCCCAGCUGGCUCAGAUCCAAGCGCUGAUCAGCAGUUUGGAAGCCCAGCUGAGCAACCUGCGUUCAGAGAUGGAGCGGCAGAACCUCGAGUACCAGCAGCUCAUGGACAUCAAGUCGCGGCUGGAGCAGGAGAUCGCAACCUACCGCAACCUGCUGGAGGGCCAGGAGGGCUCCUUCAGCAGCUCCACCAUGCUCAGGGCCUUCUGA